CACAUGGCCUGACUGUAGAAAGGAUUGAGUGCAUUAUGUCUGUCUUUGCAUAGUUUCAGUUUAUAAAUAAAUAAAUAAGAAUUUAGUUUUUAAUAUACAUUUUCCGGUAUUUGAGAAGAGAAGGUAAGUGCAUUUUUUUCGUGUAUUACUUUUUGUUAUGUGAUGUAUGCACCAAAUGUAUGUGAUGCACCUUAUAUAAACUUCUAGUAUCAAAUUUCUUCCAAGCUCUAGAGUCAAGCGUAGAGUGAAGCGUUCCAUUACUUGUAUUUUUUAUAACAUAAAUAUUGUGAUGCGAAAUGAUUGUGUAACCUUUCUUUCUCUAUAUAUCUCUCUCUCCGUAUACUUCAGUGCUCUCUCCUCCUCCUCCUCGAACAACGGCGGGGCGUGGAACUUCGAACUUCAUUCUGAACGUUUAAAUGCUUGCCUUUAUUGUACUUUUCAAGCAGUUGAAAGCAUAAGGGUACAAGAUGGUAAGAGAAAAUAUAUAUUUAUUCGAAAAGUGUUAAAUUGUUAUUAUUAAUUAGAUAAAAGUGUCAGUUGUGAUGACAUGUCCCCAGUAGCUCAGUUGGUAGAGCAUGGCGCUUGCAACGCCAGGGUUGUGGGUUCGUUUCCCACGGGGGGCCAGUAUGAAAAUGUAUGCACGCACUGGAUAAGAGCGUCUGCUAAAUGACUAAAAUGUCCAAAAAAAAAUGUUUUAUUCAAUUUCUAAUUUCACAUUCCAAGAUUUAUGAGCUAUUGAAAUAAUGAUCUUUAACGUUAUGCUGAUGUGUAAUGUUUUGUAUCUAUUUAGACUACCUACACAGACAGAGGUGAAAAGGUAAGCCCUUCAAUUAAUACUCUUUGUCAAUAGACAUUUUAUUGAGUCUGCUAAAUGGCAUAUUAUUAUUAUUAUUAUUAUUGAACACACAAUUAUGUUUUAAUGGAUAUGUCUUUUAACUAGUUCAAAGUAUGAUUCAAAAGUUGAGAAACGUAAAAAAUGCUAUAAAUAUUUUUUACUAUCCUACCAAUAUGUUUCAAUAUGCAUAAUCUUUCUCUUACAUCUAAGAAUUUGUAAUUGCUAUCAUAAAUUAAUGGACUGAUGUAUGCUAGAUAUAUUCCCCUCAAAUACUGGUAUUAAAAUGUUCUGGUUUUGUUCGAAGCACGACCAUGGCAAGUUCAUCUGUUUCGACCACAUCACAUUCUGGGUUGGAAAUGCCAAACAGGUAUGAGAAUCAUGUGCCUUGACGGCUGUUUUUCAAAUGUUUUGCAUCUUGUUAAAUUUUUCCUGAACUUUCUUAAAGUUAGAGGAGUAUUCACUGAGGGGAUGGCUAUUGGCUCUUUUAAGGGGUGGGGGGCAAUAGGCAUUAAACCUCAGAGUAGACCCGACCUCUAAUUUGAUCCAGAAACUGGAGCUUUUCCACUCCAUCACCAGGAGGUGGCGCUACCACCACACCAGUCCUUUACAGUACACAACACACUGCAUAGAAACUGUAUUAAGGUUUUGUGCCUAAACAGUAAAUGUACAAGUGUUUGAGUGGCAAUUGGGUUUUUUCUUCUGUUUCAACAGGCAGCAUCUUACUAUUGUAACAAGCUUGGAUUUGAACCAUUGGCCUACCAGGGUUUAGAGACAGGCUGCCGUGAUGUGGUGUCCCAUGUGGUCAAACAAGGCAAGGUGAGCAGAGCAUUGCAGCAUUCUGAAUGAAUUAUGGAACAUGUUUAUAAUAGAUCGUAACUUGAUACAAGUGAUGGAAGCUCCGUAGUUGUCCAUCAUGUAACUUUUGGGCUUAUUGUCUUUCACAGAUUAUUUAUGUAUUCGCGUCCGCCCUCAAUCCUGGAAACAAAGGUACAGUAUGACAAAAAAACAUGACAAAAAAGUCACCCUUCAUAUGGUUAAAUUGUGCUACUUCACUCACUCUGAUUUGAAUAUACUAUACUUUUGUCCCUCUCCCUUAUUCAGAAAUGGGGGAGCAUUUGGUGAAGCAUGGGGAUGGAGCCAGGGACAUUGCAUUCACUGUGGAGAACUGUGAUUACCUUGUGCAGGUACCAAAGCAUGCUUGCUAUUUAAACCAAUAUAUCAGCUUUUUUCUGGAAUGAGGAGAAUGCUUCUUUCCUAAUGAGAUGGGUUGAAAAUAUAAUUUUGGAUUGCAAUCUUUAUCUUGGAUUUAUUGAAAAGAUGCAUAGCCAUGGGAUGAUUAUUUUAAUCUUCCUGGAUCUUUAUCACAUAUGCAUAUGUUUAUCUGUCUAUUAUACUCUUUAGAAAGCCAGAGAGCGUGGUGCCAUCAUAGUGAAAGAGCCGUAUGUACUGGAGGACAAAUAUGGCAGGGUAAAGCUAGCUGUUCUCCAGACGGUAAGUCAGUCAAUAUCUCUUGAAACUGAGUGUAGGAAAGUAGAUUUACAGUAUGCUCUAAAUUUGGGAUUUCUCUUAUAUCACUAUAGUAUGGUGACACCACACACACAUUUGUGGAGAGGACAGCCUACAACGGGCUUUUCCUCCCAGGGUUCCAUCCUCCUCUCCACCGGGACCCAUUGUUGGCCAAGCUGUGAGUAUGAACAAUUUUACCUAGUGUUAAAGAUGAGAGUAACUUUUAUAGAUCAUUGUAAAUGAGACAGAGUUUGAAUGACUGUUUCAGUUAAGCAGUUGGCAUCACUGUGAAGCCUUAUCUAACAUUACAGACCCAAUGGAUUACUGAACUUCAUUGACCAUGUUGUGGGGAACCAGCCGGAUGAUGAGAUGGUGCCUGUGGUGGAAUGGUAAGGCAUUGUCUAGGCCUAGCUUAGGGCAUUUACAACAUUUACAUUUUAGUCAUUUAGCAGAUGCUGUUAUCCAGAGUGACUUACACGAGCAAUUAGGGUUAAGUGCCUUGCUCCAGGGCACAACAGAAGUUUCACCUAGUCAGGGAUUUGUACCAGUGACCUUUCGGUUACUGGCCCAACGCUCUUAACCGCUAGGCUACCUACCGCCCUAUUAUCACACACCCUGGCCUGUACAUUUAGUUCCAGACAAAAACAUAAAUGGAUAUCAGAGUUUCCUCUUAGAUGAAAACAACUCUACCACACACUAAUUGCAGUAUAAAAAAACAGCAACCUAUAGCCACCAUUUUAGGGUUCAUUUGACAUUCUCUAGAAUGUUUUCCGUCCAAUGCAAGUGAAGCCAAGUUGACUACUCCUCAUGGUUCUGCAUGCAGCUGUGGUUAGGUGGAUGGAUAGAUGGGUGGAUGGGGAGGUGUCAGUAUUACGUAACCCAGGCUGUUUGGCAUAGGCCAGGCGCUACUAUGACUUAGCAGUUUUUGAGCUGGGUCCCUGGGGUUCCCCACAUCUGGAGUCAGUUAGAGCUCCACCAUGCAGCUCUGAGAUGAAAAACAGGGAUGGGUUUGAUCUCUAAAGGGAAGGGCCAGGGAAGAGGGCUGUGGGAUAGAUAUAGUGUAGUCUCUCACCUAUCCAUUCAACCUACAAGGGUUCCUGAGUAGUAGGUUCUGUUUCCAUAGGUACCAGAAGAACCUGCUCUUCCACCGGUUCUGGUCGGUGGAUGACAAGCAGCUGCAGACAGAUUUCAGUGCACUGCGCUCCAUCGUUGUGGCCAAUUAUGAAGAGACGGUGAAGAUGCCCAUUAAUGAGCCAGCCAUUGGAAAACGCAAGUCCCAGAUCCAGGCAAGUCAUACGCCUUGUUAUUCAAUAUAUCAUGUAUUAAGUAUGUCAAGAGGUGUUUACUAACGUAAAAAAGACAUACCAAUGUCCUCCAUACACAUAUUCAUUACUAUAUCUUUAAGAAAUAUAGCAUUACAAAAAAAGUGUAGAGCUUGUACCUAGCUAAACUCACUGAACUUUACAGGAGUAUGUGGAAUACUACGGUGGCCCAGGUGUCCAGCACAUCGCCAUGAACACAUCAGACAUCAUCACCGCAGUAAGUCUUUUCACAAAUAAAAGCUCAACCUGGUCAAUAUUAUAUACACAUCAAUGGAAGAUGAAAGCUUUGUGUGGUUAAUGUAUUCUCCUUGUUGUAGAUCCGUAACCUGAAGGAGCGUGGCAUGGAGUUCAUGUGUGUGCCAGACACCUACUACCAGCUGCUGAGAAAGAAUCUCCAACACUCCCAAGUCAGGAUCACUGAGGACCUGGACAUUCUGGAGGUCAGUUAAAUGCAUAAUGAUGGUAAUUAUAGUCAGUUAAUUUGAACUUCCAUGCUCGGUUCUUAGCUAUUCAGCCUGAUAAGCACUUUUAUGUCCUGACAGGAGCUGAAGAUCUUAGUGGAUUUUGAUGACAAAGGCUACCUACUCCAGAUCUUCACCAAGCCUGUUCAGGACCGUCCCACGGUGUUCCUGGAGGUCAUUCAGAGACACAACCAUCAGGUGAGAGUAGCAUGAGAUAUUAGAGAGCAUUACCAAUAAAACUAUAUAAAACCAUUAUCAUUUUAGGAAUAUGAGCUUUCCUAGUUUAUUGAAAAAUCAAUUUACAGUAUGUAAUGAUGAUAAAUAUGGAUGUGCAGAUCUAUAUUUGGACUGAAAAUGUCUUUGUACUCUUCCCAGGGCUUUGGUGCAGGCAACUUCAAGGCGCUUUUCGAAGCCAUCGAGGCAGACCAGAAUGCUAGAGGGAACUUGACUAUCCUGACCGCUAAUGGUGUGUCUAACCAUAUUUGAAGUGCCCCUCUGAUUUACACAAUUUAUAUAAUGUCCAUCAUAGCUAAAGCUUGCAAAUAAAUUUGUUCAAUGAUAUAGGAGAGCUGUAUCUACAGUAUGUACACACUAUAUAUAAUAUGCAAUUAUGAUUGACAUGGCUUGUGGAGUCAAACAUAAGGAAUGAUUGUUAAUUAUUAGAAUAAUAUAGUGAUGCUAAAAGAACAUACUAAAUAUAUUUUACUUGAUGCCAAAUGUUCUAUUUGUUUUUGUGACUGAUCAGAAUCAGAUAUGUUGAUGUACAAUACAGAGCAACAGCAACAGAGCAGACAUCAUUAUACAAUUUGAGCCAGCUAUAUAAUCUGGCAUUAACUGGCCUCUGUAGUCUUAGCUUUAUAUUGUAUUAUUUGCUUUAUUUCUGAAGAAAAAAAUGCAUAUUUAAUUGAAAGGAGGUAAAAAACCACAACCUAACCAGGAGGGAGGUAAAAAACCACAACCUAACCAGGAGGGAGGUAA